CCAGAACCUCGGGAGCCUCGACUGCGCAGGCGCGAGCGCGGGAACCGGGAACCGGGGUUUGAGUUUCUGGCGAACUUUCUGCCCGCGCAGUCCGGGGUGGCUCUCCCGGUCCUUCUUGCAGGAUGAAAGUAUUCACUUGUGAAAUUGCAUGGCACAAUAAAGAACCAGUGUACAGCUUAGACUUUCAACAUGGCACUGAUGGAAAAAUCAAUAGAUUGGCUUCUGCUGGAGUGGACACUGCUGUUCGUAUAUGGAAAGUAGAAAAGGGACCAGAUGGGAAAGCAAUUGUGGAAUUCUUGUCCAAUUUAGCUCGCCAUACCAAAGCUGUGAAUGUUGUGCGUUUUGCUCCCAAUGGUGAGAUUCUAGCAUCUGGUGGAGAUGAUGCUGCGAUUUUGUUGUGGAAGUUGAAUGAUAACAAAGAGCAAGAGCCAACAGUAUUUCAGGAUGGUGAUGAUGAUAACCAACUAAACAAGGAGAACUGGACAGUAAUUAAAACUUUAAGAGGUCAUUUGGAAGAUGUGUAUGAUAUUUGCUGGACCCCUGAUGGAAACUUCAUGGCAUCUGCAUCAGUUGACAACACAGCUAUAAUGUGGGAUGUCAGUAAAGGGCAAAAGGUUUCUAUUUUUAAUGAACACAAAAGUUACGUUCAAGGAGUAACCUGGGACCCUGCAGGACAGUAUAUUGCAACUCUUAGUUGUGAUAGGGUUUUGAGAGUAUAUAAUACGCAGACUAAGAGAGUGGCAUUUAACGUUACCAAAAUGCCGUCGGGCAGAGGAUCUGAAGGAGAGGUAAAAAGCUAUCGAAUGUUUCAUGAUGACAGCAUGAAGUCAUUCUUUCGGAGGCUCACUUUUACACCUGAUGGCUCUCUGCUCCUUGUUCCUGCAGGCUGUGUGGAAUCAGGAGAAAAUGUAACAAACACUACUUACGUUUUUUCCAGAAAAAAUCUGAAAAGGCCUAUAGCUCAUUUACCUUGUCCCGGAAAGGCAACCUUAGCCGUUCGUUGCUGCCCAAUCUACUUUGAGCUCAGGUCUUCACUUAACAAAGAAGAAGCUUCCAAGAAGACUGGUCUGAUAAAUCUACCCUACCGGAUGGUUUUUGCUGUUGCUUCAGAAGAUUCUGUGCUCUUCUAUGACACAGAGCAAUCCUUUCCUUUUGGUUAUGUAUCUAAUAUACAUUACCAUACUAUUAGUGACAUUUCGUGGUCUAGUGAUGGAUCCUUUCUUGCUAUUUCUUCUACGGAUGGAUAUUGUUCUUUUGUGACUUUUGAAGAAGAUGAGCUUGGAAUACCCCUGAAAGAGAAGCCAGCUGUAAGUGCCGGGACCCCCAGCACAGCUGAGAAAAAAAUGAAAAAGGGCCAGUCUUCUAGUGUUAUCUCCCCAGUUCCAAAACCAGUGGAUGGCACUCCUCCUAAUAAGACCAUGGAUCCCGGCAGCCCAGCUGUGCAAUGCAAGACUCUGAUAAACAGCAAAGAGUUGCCCUCAACACCUAUUGCGGUUAGAAAGCCCCCAGUGGCCUCUUUGGAAGAGAAGAAACCUAUGCAGCCAUCAAGCUCAAAAGCAAACCAACCCAGGAGGGUUACCCUUAAUACCUUACAAGCAUGGAGCAAGGCACCCAGGAGAGUUGCCUUAAUCCCUCUAAAUGCAGACACGCAAGACUCAUCGCCUUCCGAUCCCAUCUCUACAACUGCUUCCACGGAAACUGUUCAACAUGAGAGGCCAUCACCACCUGAAGACCCCUUGCAAAAUCCACCACCUCCUAAGCGUCUUAAAUCUGAUGAAACUUCCAACUCUGAAUUAACUGAAAAUGAAAAUAAAAUGUAAAGCCACUGCUAAUGUGCUGAACUUCAAUGAAUGCCUUGCCUGCAGAAUGCAAGAGUUGUCCAAAGAAUACUUGCAAAAGCCACAUCAUGUGAAAUGGACGCCAAGCAUUCUAAGCAAAAGGUUGACUGUGCAGUAGGCUCUUUAGAGCCUGCGGGUGUGGAAAUCUCACCUGGUUGCAAAUGUGUAUUAUUUCAGUAGUCCUUUACGCACUAAGUUGUCCUGGGAGUCUGUACCUGGCAGACAAAGGCUGCUUGAAAUAAAGGGUGUCUGCUUCACAAACUAACUUGCUCCAUGCAGUCCCUCAGAAUUUUGUGAAACUAAUGCAUUCUGCCUUCAUUCCUUCCUUCAUUCAUGUUAUGUUCAUGUUAUGUUAUCUUCCUGUACCAAUUAAAUGCAAAAUUAGAAAAUACAAGCUUUUUCAGCUACAUGCAAAUGACAAGGUGCCAGAGUUUUAGGGCAAGUCUUCAAUGGGCAGUUAUAUAAACUGGUUUGAAAACAAAGUUCAGAAUCUAAAACUGCUACUUUUCUCUACAUAAAACGCAGGCAAAGUUAAUUUAAAAGUCUCAUGGGGUUUUAAUAUGUCAUGCAAAUAUUACAGAUGGUUACACUUCCUUAAGAGUGCUUAAAAAAAACAUGAAAGAGGUUCCAAUAAUAAAAAUACGUGAAAGGUUUUUGUCGUUUGUGAGUGCUUUUAUGCUUGCUAAGAAUAGCAAUAUGAUGCAGUGAUUGGAAUAAAAAGUUGAACAUUCAUAUUAA